CCACACCACAGGUUGACUCACAGUGCACAGCAGCCGGGGCGGCGCCUGUCUAUAAAGUCUGCACUCCUUCCCGGCCCCUGAACAUUCCCACCUCUUCUCUUGCGGCCACGUCUCAGCCCUGCACGUCAAAACACAUCUCAGCCACCAUGCCUUCAGAACUGGAGACAGCCAUGGAGUCACUCAUCAAGGUGUUCCACCGUUACGCCUCUAAGGAAGGCCGGAGUGGCACACUCAGCCGGCGGGAGCUCAGAGAGUUGAUGGAGAACGAGCUCUCUACCUUCCUCAUGUCUCAGAAGGACCCUGCUGCUGUUGACAAAAUCAUGAAGGACCUGGACACCAAUGGCGAUGGCCAGGUGGACUUUGAGGAGUUUGUUUCUCUGGUUGUUGGACUUUCCAUUGCCUGUGAGCAGUGCUAUCAGAUGCACAUGAAGAAGACAUCUAAGAAAUAAACGACAACAGUGGAAGGGAGGAGAAAAACCAAAAAGCCUUUGAAGUAUUGUAAAGAUAGUUUUGUUCAAUAAAUACAGUGAAGAAUUUCAAA